AUGAAGACCUCUUUCUUUAUCGGCUCUGCCAUUAUAGGCGCUGCUUCUGCAUACAAAGCUACUACCACUCACUAUUAUGAUGGGCAAAAGGGUGGUUGCGGAUGCGGCUCAGGCUCUAGUGCGUUCCCAUGGCAGCUUGGCAUUGGUAACGGAGUCUAUACAGCAGCUGGCUCUCAGGCCUUUUUCGACACGGCCGGUGCGUCGUGGUGUGGCGCGGGCUGCGGUGGUGUUGCUGGCCAGAGCAUUAUUGUGAUGGUCACAAACCUGUGCCCCAAUAAUGGAAAUGCACAGUGGUGCCCAGUUGUUGGCGGUACUAACCAGUAUGGCUACGGCUACCACUUUGACAUUAUGGCGCAGAAUCAGGUCUUUGGAGACAAUGUGGUUGUUGAUUUUGAGCCUAUUGCCUGCCCAGGCCAGGCUGUUGCUGACUGGGGAACUUGUGAAUGCAAUGGAAUACAAGAGACCGAUACUACGCCUGUCCUAGGUAAUGACACUAGCUCACCUCCUCCCAGCAGUUCAAGCUCAAAGCCGUCGGCAUCGUCGACAAAGGCGGCGACAUCGUCGUCAAAACCAGCGACAUCGUCAAAGCCAGCGGCAUCAUCGACACCACCAUCCAGCGGUGGACAACAACAAACACUCUACGGCCAGUGUGGAGGUAUUGGCUGGGCAGGUCCUACUGUUUGCCAGGCUCCGGCCACCUGCAAGGCACAGAACCAGUGGUACUCUCAGUGUCUCAACUAA